UACCAAAAGCAUCUUAUUGCAAGCAAGGUUGCUUGGCGUCUGCCUCUUGCUUGGAUACUGUGAUCCAUCCAUACCAUCGGACGAAAUCUAUCAAAAACUAGGGGACAUGAAAUCAGAUCUACUUUCUCUCUCGAUCUCCACGGUUUCGCAAGAGUCCGUGGUCGGUAGGGAUGUAGCAAUGGCGCUUCACAAGCUCUUCGCCGCAGCCAUGACAGAGCAAGACUUUGAUCGGAUAAAGUCCAUGAUCUCCAUCAUUGUGGAUAAUCCACUGGAGAUUGCUACAGACUCUGCAGAACUAGUGGCGGGAUUUGUCAUUUUGUUCCCGAGAUUUCUCCUCCCAGAACUUCUAAAACAUGUCCAGUGCAACGAUGACGACGGAAGCCUUACAACCGACGAUUCGGCAUUCGUGUCAAGGACAUGGAAUGCGGUUCGCGUUGUAGAAGAAUUGGUGAAAGGAAACUUUUUUUGCAAGGCCCUCUCGAAAGCAGAAGGGGAACAAAGAAAACUACUGGAGAGGGCGAUGGUGGGGCAGCUGAGUAGUAAAAAUGUCAAGAUCCGUAUGGCAACAACCCAUUUUGUAGCCACGCUUGAUCCGCUGAAAAUUUUCCAAGUGUUCGGACCAGAUCUGAUGAGCAGUGGACAAAAGAGCUCCACAGCAGAGUUGGUUUUGAUGGAAUGCAUGGUCUGUCGUACCAAAGAUAGGAUCCCAGAGGAGGGGUUUGCUUCUUUAAUAGAGUACAUUCGGUAGGCUAUAACUGACGUGACGUUGCGUGACUCCUGUGAGAUAAUAGAGGAGACU